AUGGGGCUCACGGCAGAAACCAGCCGCGUCGUGCAGCAGUUCGACCUCAACGAUGCCGACCUCAACAAGGGCGUCACCGAGUUCCUCAGCCAGAUGGACCAGGGCCUCGAGAAGGAUGGUACGAGCUUGAGCCAGAUUCCUACCUACGUCACCGGCGUCCCCAAUGGCACCGAGAAGGGCCUCUACCUCGCGGUCGAUCUAGGUGGCACAAACUUCCGAGUCUGCUCAAUCCAUUUGAAUGGCGACACAACAUUCAACCUUACUUACUCAAAGGUCGCCAUACCCAGGGAGCUCAUGACCGCCAAGACUGCCCAACAGCUGUUCGGCUUCCUGGCAAAGCAGAUCGAGAUCUUCCUUCGUACACACCACAGCGAGCACUUUGAGCACCGCGUAAGAAGACGCUUUACGUUCAGCAACCCCGAGGGCUUCAAGGAUGAGGAGGUGUUCCGUCUCGGCUUCACAUUCAGUUUCCCCGUUCAACAAAUCGGCAUCAAUAAGGGCAUUCUGAUGCGAUGGACAAAGGGCUUCGACAUCCCCGACGCAGUGGGCAAGGACGUCUGCCAACUGCUACAGACCGAGAUCGAUAAACUUGGACUGCCGGUCAAGGUCGCCGCGCUCGUCAACGACACCGUGGGAACGCUGAUGGCCCGUUCAUACACUUCACCUGGCAAGAAGGGCACAAUUCUGGGAGCGAUUUUCGGCACCGGCACCAACGGCGCAUACGUAGAAAAGCUCUCGAACGUGAAGAAGCCCGUGCAGGGCGUUUUCGAUAGAUCAACAGGGGAGAUGGUCAUCAACACGGAAUGGGGAUCUUUCGACAACCAACUGAACAUACUUCCCAACACGACAUGGGACAAGCAGUUGGACAAGGACAGCAUCAACCCGGGCAUUCAGAUGUUCGAAAAGCGAGUUUCUGGCAUGUUCCUGGGCGAGAUCCUGCGGUUGAGCAUCGUCGAUCUGCUGAAGGACGAGAACGUCCAGCUUUUCAAGGAUGAGAACUCCAGCAAGAACGACUGGCGGUCGACGACAACCGUUGCUAAAGAAUCAGGCAUUUUCAAGCAAUGGGGAGUCGACACCGCCAUCAUGUCCGUUGCCGCCGCAGACAACACUCCUGACCUCGGCACUCUGCGCCAAGCACUGGAGGACCAACUGCAGGUGUACAGCCCCUCCUUGGAGGAUGCUCAGGCAUUCAAGGUCAUCGCCGAGUCCAUCGGCCGCCGCGCUGCCCGUCUCUCGGCCAUCAGCAUCGCUGCCAUUGUCCUGAAAACCGGCAAGCUGACCGACCCAGAAUGGGAGGGCGAGCCGAUCGAUGUGGGUGUGGACGGCAGUCUUGUCGAGCACUACCCAUAUUUCCGCGACAUGAUGUACGAGGCGUUCCGGGCUAUCGAGGGCAUUGGUGAGGAAGGCGCCAACAAGAUCCGAAUUGGCAUUGCCAAGGACGGGUCUGGCGUUGGUGCUGCGCUCAUUGCCCUCGUGGCGACCGGCGAGGAGAAGAGCCAACCCACCCCCGAGUUCUUGGAUGAGCAACGUGUAUCUUCUUUUUCAAUUCCAGCAAUUCGGUGGCACCUGCGCAAGGUCCAGCCAUGGCAGUGGGCCGGACUGGGACUGAUCGCCGGUCUCGUAGCAAUCAGGAAGAAGGAGUUCUUUGCAGGUCUUUGGGGGCGUUUUGUGGCGCGGAACUGA